AUGUAAUUCUAUGCAUCGAAAACCAUAUUUAAGUUCUGACUUCCAGCAAUUGAUCUUCUGUAGAGAAACUGACAUACAAGGUAUUAGAAAAUGGCAAGCUGCAGGGCUAGUAUGAUAGCUUGCUUAAGCUUAAUGGUUGUUAUGGUGGGUUUAAUGAAGGGUGCAACAGCAGCAGAAUAUGUAGUUGGUGACAGCUUGGGCUGGACUCUUCCCCCCAACACCUCCUUCUAUUCAGAUUGGGCUGCCUCUAAGACAUUUCAGUUGGGCGAUGUAGUUUCAUUCAAUUGGACUGGAAAUCAUACUAUGGCAGAAGCAACUAAGGAAGAAUAUGACAACUGCAGUGACCCGGGAAUCUGGAGUACUACUCCGGUGAAUGUGAAUCUUAUUUCUGCUGGUUCUCGCUACUUCAUCUGCACCGUUGGCGACCACUGUGAGCAAGGCCAGAAGGUGACCAUCACUGUAGGAUCAUCCUCUCCAACAUCUGCUCCACCACCGCCUUCAGGCGCCCAUACAACUGUUGCAUCUUUACUACUUGGGCUCAUCAGCUCCACACUAGUCAUUUCCUUCUUCACUUGCAUGUGAUGAAUUCAUGUCAUCGAUUCUCUAUCAAGUCUGUCAUGUAAUUACAAUAAAUUGAUGUUCGAUCAUCCAGUAACUUGAGAUCAAUGAUAUACAUCAGUUAUAAUAUAUUACAAUUCUUUUGAAUAUAAAUGGUAUGAUGCUAUCAAAGUGUUGUUGGCA